AUGGCGCAGCAGUCACAGCAACAGCAGGAUGUAAUCAUCGGAAUUGUGGAUGAUACUUGGAAACAAGAUCUGUACCAAGCAUUAAAAAAAGGCAAAUGGGAGAAUAUCGAACGAAUAAUCCACGACCAUCAAAAUGAAGUUUUUACAGCCAAGCUAAAUGAAAAUGGAGAAACAUUGCUCCUCUCGGCCGUCAAUGAAGCUAAAAAGGGGUUAGUCAACAAGCUGGUGGAUAAGAUUGCACCAGAUUUACUGGCUGAGACUGACAACUUUGGGAAUACAGCGCUUCACUUAGCAGCAAAUGUUGGACUUGUUGAAGAUGCCAGAAUACUUGUGAGAAAACAUCCCGAAUUGCUGAAUCGUGAAAACAAAGAUGGACUUUUGCCAAUUCAAUUAGCUGCGAGGCGAGAACAAGCAAAUGCUCGCAGCAUGACUUCUUACUUGUUCAAAGCCGGCAAGGAAGAUGACAAUCAUUCAAAGUUACUCAAAGGAGAAGCUGGUGCUGGUGUUGGUUCGAGGGUUAUGAAAUCUUUAAUAAAAGCAGGAUUUUAUGAUUUGGCUCUUGAUUUACUUGAAUUCAACGAGAAAUUGGCAUGGGAAGAAGAGAAUAACAAUCCUUUGGAGCAGAUGGCCAGUGAUCCGGGUGGUUUCAAAAGUGGAAUUCGCUUGAGCAGUUGGCAGUCCUUAAUCUACUUGUAUUCAUAUGUUCCCACAAAGCGGAAUGGGAUGACAGAGUAUUCACCAUCUGAAGUGUACAAGACGGUCUGGAAUCUGCUUGCCAAAGUUCUAGUUCAAAAUAUGGACAUUCCUGCACUAAAAUUGAAGCAUCAUCGUGCACUUCGACUAGUCCAGUCCGGGCACAGAAUGGAAUAG